GAGACGGUUGCAGCAGCGUUCUCACAGCGCUGCAGCUCUCUAACACCCGGCCGUGUCACCGGUAACAUCUCCUGAUUGGUUCGAGGUGUUUGUGUGAAACGCUUUUUUUUUUCUUUCUCUCAUUGUUGCUGUUCUGAGCUGCAUGCAGCGCCUCUUUUCCAGUUUGCAGUCGAGAGCGUCUGAAAGAGUUUGAUCAACCCACACACCUCGUUCAGAGCUGAGAACUUCUCUGUUGGUUGGUCGGUGAGUCACCUGGUCGGAAACACUGAGGAGAGACGCCGAAGCAUCACGGGAUCCGUGGCGGGAGGUGAAGCGAGGUGAUUGGGUUCGGCGGCGGCGACAGGAGGAGGAGAGUCGCUGACAAAGAGGGAGGGGAGGAGCUGAAGUAGGUCGCAGAUCAGAUCAGAUCAGAUCAGAACGUGAAGCGAAGACGUCUUCAGACAUGGCAGAUGUUCGGUUACAGUAGUCGCCUCAUGUGGACCAGAUACCAUCGGACCAGCAGCAACUUCACCCGUCCUCCGUCCUCCGUCCUCCGUCCUCCACGUCUCAACAUACAACCUCCUCUCCGACCGCCGUCUGACCUCAGGUGUAGAUGAAACAUGGCCGACUCCUGGCUCAUGUGGGUUUUGGCGGUCGCCAUCUUCGUCUCCAUGGUCCUCCUGGCUGUCGUCUGUCUGCAGUGCCGGGACAAUGGCCCUCUGGUCAUCAGGCAAGUCGCUUCAGAGGACUACAUGCAAUCCAAUGAAUUCAGAGUCAUCCAUCCAUCCCAGCCGUCCACUGAUCCGAACUCCAUCCACCUUCCCUCCAACCAUCUGUCACCUUUCUCACUUGAUCCUGGAGCUCAGAGGGGACCUUCACAUUCCUUCACAGAAACUGAAAGUAAUCCAAGUUAUGAGAAUCCAGUAGACGGUCCCGACUACAUAAAUGAGAGCGAUCCAGAAGACCCCGGCUACAUAAUCGUGUUGCCCGAAGGUGAAACUCGACCGACCGAUCAGAGCAGAGCCUCAACGCCCAGUUCAGAUUUUCUACAUGAUUAUGAAAACGUCCCCGAGAAGAAAGUGUCACCAGAGGACAGAGACUAUCUGAACGUGGAGCCGCCGUGUUUUCAAACAGGAUCGACUCCGGAUCUGUCGGCUCAGAGCGACAGCGACGACGAUGACGACGACGAGGGGAACUAUGUCAACGUGAACGAAGGGACGCAGACUAACUGACCGCAGUGAGCUUUUUAAAAACACCAUCUACACGUUUCUUCUUCUCCCUUUAACUCACGACGGUGUUUUAUAUUUCAAACUGCGGAGGAAAGAAAGAUGAAAAAUGACUUUUUAUGAAAAACGUUUCAAAAACAUGUUUUCUGGGACUGUUUAAAGCUGAACCAUGACUGGCUUUUUAAAGAGAGAUGAGAAGAGUACAUGUGCAUUUUUCUGAGUUUUAAAUCAAUAUUUAAGGCGGAUUAAAGGUACAAAUUUUGACCUGACGCUGAAUUUAAAAAGUACAAAGAGUUAUUAGAGCUAAUCUCGGGGGAGCAAAAUGUCACGACGAUCCUUCCGAAAGUUAUUGAGAUGUUGAAGUCCGGAAACAAAUUUAGAUUUUCAAAUUUGACCUCUGAAAGAUCAGCCGUGAAAAUCCCCCAAAAACACGACGGGCUUCUUCAGUUCACUUCAUCGAACUUGUCUGAAUCGGUCAGAAGAACUUAACUUCAAUUCAAUUUAUUUUUAUAUAGCGUCAAAUCAUAACAGAAGUUAUCUCAAGACGCUUUAUAUAUAGAGCAGGUCUUAGACCGUACUCUAUAAGUUAGAGACCUAACAAGAGCAUUGCACCGGAGCGCACUGUGGCCAGGAAAAACUCCCCGUUUAGUGGGUAGAAACCCGGAGCAGAACCGGGCUCUCGGUGGGCGGCCAUCUGCCAAGACACGUUGGGUUCUUCUGUAGGGUUUUUAAAGUAUUUUUUGUCGUUUGUGUCCUCCACAGUAUCUGUCUAACGCCUCAUCCACAUUGGGAACGUCAGGAGCGCGUGUCAGCUGCAUCGCGUGGAGCGCGUGUGACGGCUGCGUCAUUCACGCGCCGGUUGUUCACACCAGCUGUGUUUCUGCUGCUGUCAGCUCUUUCCUUAUACAUAGAGUUUGCUUUUAUAAUGUCCGUUUCAUUUCAUUAUAAAUAUUAUUUAUAUUUAUUUUAGACAGAGAAAGGAUAAGAAACGUGUGGUAAUUUGUAAAUAAUAGUAAUAAUCCACAAUUAAAACUCCGUACUAUAUUC